GCGAUGCUGGAAGUCGAUGGUCGCGAAACCCGUAGCGCGAGGGCAGUAAUUGCAGUAAGUUUGAACAGAGCCUGUUCAGAUGCCGUUCAUAUCUCAGCGUUCAGUAGGCAGGCCUCUUUUCAACAUACGGUAUACUUGCAUCAGGGAGCGUGAUCAAGCGAAAGACAGCGGGGCUUCUUAGUAACGUGACGAAUGUAGGUACGGACCAGUGUUGUUGCAAGAUCCGGAGCUGAUCUUGAGUAGGUCAUCAGACGAAUGCGAAUGACCGAUGAUUCUGCGUCUGCACAUACUGCAUCGAGUGCGUCUGAAAGACAUCUGGUCGGAAAGAGGCGAGUAGAACCAAAGAGAUCUCGAGUCCGGUUUGAAUUCAAACUGACUGGUUGCAAUAGCGCACUGCUAUGGUACAUGUUGCUGAUUGAUAUCAUUCACGGCCUGAAAAGCAACACCGCGCCAAUCUACUCAAUCAGCGAGCUAUCAAUUCGCCUGCCACAAAAGGGCUACCCAUUUCAGAUGAUCAAUGACGCACUACUUCAUGGUCAAGCUCUUCCAAAUGAUCUAGGCCAUCGCGAAGACGCUCUGGCAUUGUCCAUUGCGCUUCUCUCGAACAUCAUACGAACUCACAAGACGUGCUUUGGGCCGUUGAGCGUACUCAUUCGUCCAGAUCCGUGGAAUCCUUACCGGCCGCUCACCUGGAGAUCAGAGCUCGCGAGUGCUGUCGCAGUGUUCAACACCGCGCUCGCUCGGUGGGAAAGUCACUUCCUUCAACACGCGGACCAUGAUGUACUCGCCUUACACUACUUUACAAAGCUCUAUCUCAUAGUUCCGAGCAUCGCGGAACUUCCAAGCCUGGCUCGUAGCGGUUCGAUCCGUCCAGUGCAGUUGGCCGAACAAAUGACCAUCCCUGAUGAAGCAUUGGAAAUCGCGUGGGACGUCUUCGAGCACGUUGACUCUGCCAUCACGGUGAAGAAUCACAGAAUGUCGAUCUGGCUACCCGAAAUUACCUUCUUGUCAGCUCUGACUGUCUGGCACAGCCAUUCGAACAACGGCCAUCGGGGGAGAUAUGGUGGUAUUCGGUCACUCGCCAUGUACCAGAAACUCUUGCUACAGCUACCAUGGCCAUGCUGUACGGAGAUGGCGGCAGUCCUGGAUAAGGCUGCACGGCAAGAGUGACUUGCUCUUGAACCAGAAGAGAUUACGUUCAUAGAUAUGCACUUCUUAAUCUUAGCGACGAAGAGCAAUCGCUGCUCUUAGACCCCCGAUCCCGCUGCCGGCAACGAGCACCUUCAGCGGGUGGGCAUUGCCAUCUUGGCCACUGUGUUCUUGUUUAUGCGAGUGCGACCAUUUUUAGCGAAUGUUAAGGCGCAGC